CACAGCAGUAAGUAUUACUCAAACUUUUCUUCAAGAGAUGACACUACUGUACAAUGUAACCUAGCUUAUCGACUAGUAGUGGCCGUAAAUAUUACUUACGCUUCUGUUCCAAAGAUGUCCCUACUGUGCAAUGUGACCAACCUCAUCCACUAAAUAAUAGCAGCGCCACCUUCAACUAGUCAAUUUUCUUUCUUAGCUUAACCCUUGCCAUUGAAUAGCAAGGAAUUAAACCUUCUUCAGUGUAUAUAUGUUUUGUGGCUUAACCUCCCAAGUCAUAAAUAUUCCUUUCACCUUCCUCAUAGAUUUUGGUGAAUAGAUCAAUAGAUGUCGCUUCCGUAAGAACAUCAGAAACAAAUAAUGGCCCUCACCAUACGAACAUUUUUACAUCCAAAACUAAAUAACUCUGCAAUAUCAUGUUUUAAAGAAGCGCUGAGGCAUGGACAUCAUUUAAGAGGAAAACCACCAGGCGUAGCAAAAUCUUUGGAACAAAAAUUAGAAGAAAGUAGAUAUAAGGACCCUGCCUUGCAUUAUCGGGUAGAUAUAGGAUUGCCUCCCCCAAAAGUAUCAAGGUCUCAACAGUUACAGGAGCGUCUGAAGGUACUGAAAGGCCAAAAGGCAAAUCCUGCAUUAGAAAAAGUUGCGAGAAGUAAAGAGUUGUUAAUAAAUCUUGAAGAAGUACGAAAAGAUUCUGCAACCACGUCUGCCCCAAUUUUUAUAAAAAAUAUAGCUGAUCACUAUGGAGUAUUUGAGCACUUAUUUGGAGAUGCUUAUUUUUAUCCUAGAGUUCCAUUAAGCAUAGUUUAUGAAAGUGGAGAACUUGACCUACCAGUGUUUUGUGGAAAUACGAUAAAACCCAAUGAAGCAAAAGGGGCACCUAAAAUAAGUUAUGAUUGUGAUAAGGAUUCGUUGUGGACUUUGGUAUUAACAAAUCCUGAUGGACACUUCACAGAGAAGGACAAGGAAUAUGUGCAUUGGUUCAUUGGAAACAUACCAGGAAAUAAUGUUGAACAAGGUGAGACAAUAGUACAGUAUUUGCAACCAUUUCCACCAAAAGGCACAGGAUAUCAUCGCCAUAUUUUCAUACUGUAUAAACAGGAGAAAAAAGUAGAUUUCUCAAAAUAUAAAAAAAAUGGACCAUGCUUGAACUUACCAGACCGUACUUUUUCUACCUACGACUUCUACAGGGUGUUACAGGAUGAUCUUACACCGUCAGGUCUAGCCUUUUUCCACUCAGAUUGGGAUACAUCACUAAAAGAAUUCUACCACCAAACAUUGGAGAUGAAAGAACCAAUCUUCGAGUACGACUUCCCUCCUCCAUAUGUACGAAAACAGGAGUGGUUCCCAUUGCGGAAGCCUUUCAACUUGUACAUGGACAAAUACAGAGACCCAAAGCAAAUCAACAAGGAGUUUUUGAUGAGGAAGAUGAAACACGUGCAUCCAUUCAAGGAACCUCCACCACCUCUGCCUUACCCCAAUGCGCAGUAUUUUGACGGGUACAUACCCUCUUGGUUGAAACUGGAGAAGAGGAAGUCUCGGCUGAGGUGGGGAAGAAUCAAUGAUAUUGAGUAGUGGAGGACUCAGGUUGAGUUCGAAAUAAACGUUUUUGUUUACA